AUGACACGCCAACUUCAACGCGAGGAAUAUACUGUGGGAUGGGUUUGCGCUUUGGAUGUUGAGUUAGCGGCUACCCAGGAGAUACUCGACGAGGAGCACAAAGACCUUGAGCAGAAUGAGCACGAUGACAACCAGUACUCACUCGGGCGCAUCGGAGAGUAUAAUAUUGUCAUUAUUUACCUACCUAUAGGCUUAAUCGGUAGUAACCCUGCUGCAACGGUCGCGACGCAAAUAAGAUCGACGUUUACGUCAAUACGAUUUAUCCUCAUGGUCGGUAUUGGAGGAGGUGUUCCAAGCGCUGAGGUGGAUAUUCGACUAGGGGACGUGGUAGUAAGUCAGCCACACAAAAGAAAUGGUGAAGUAAUACAAUAUGAUUUCGGCAAGACGACCCCCAGCGGAUUUCAACACAUAGGAUUUCUCAAUUCCCCACCCGCGAUACUACUAAAAGCAGUUACAAACCUACGCGCGAACCACAUUCGAGCAGAAGGCAAGUUCUUAGAAUACAAUUCUAUACUUCACCGCCUUCCGAAAUUUACACGCGAGGCCGCAGGGCCUGAUGUAUUAUUCCAUGCGACCUACGACCAUAAAGGGGGUUCAACAUACCAACAUUACAAACUAGAGAAGCAGGUAAAUCGGCAACCAAGGGGAAAGGAUAUAUCCGUGAUUCACUAUGGGAUAAUUACCUCCGGCAAUCGGGUCCUGAAAGACGCCGCCGAGAGAGACGGAGUGAGCGGAGAGCUCGGAGGUGUGCUAUGUUUUAAGAUGGAGGCAGCGGGCCUAAUGAAUAGCUUUCCGUGUCUUGUCAUGCGGGGAAUUUGCGACUACGCCGACUCUCAUAAGAAUAAGAUCUCAUAA